AUGCGUUCAAGCUCUUAUUUAGCCUUUGUGGCUUUGGCUAUGGCCUGCACUGUGAACGCAGAUGGCGGUAUUGCCGUGGCACCAGUGGUUGGCAAAGUUGAAGGUGUUGCCGGUCAAACAGUUCAAGGUGUUGGCAACAGCAUCAAGCGAAGAGAAGAUUUCUUACCUGAUCAAUUACAAAGACGUGCUUUGCCUGGUAUCAAUCUCAACGGGAUCACAAAACCAGUUGCAAAAUCAUUGGGUGGAGUAAAAAACAUGGUUCCAAUUAUCAAACGUGAAGAAGCAGAAGAUCUUUCGCCAAAGUUCUUCAAACGUCACGGUAACAAUCUUCGCAAGAGAUUCUCAAAGCGAUUGCUCAAUGUUGGUGAAGUUUUGAGUGGUGUCACAGGAUCAGGAUCAAACGAUGCUAGUAGUGAUUACUCACAGCCUGCUGAUGAUUAUGGUACACCACCUGCUCCAGCUCAAGCUCAAACUGGUACAGGUGGUGAUACUGCAACUGGUGAUGACUACAAUGAUCAAGGUCAAACUGGUACUACUGGUACUUCAAGCAUCCCAGUAGUUCCAGCCAUGCCAGCAAUUGGUACGAGCGGAGAUCAAGGUGGCGAUUACAGUAGCAAUCAAGGUGACAGUUCUGUCUCAAGCUUACCAAUUGUGCCAAGCGUUUUAGGUGGUGGUGAUGAUCAAUCUGGAAGCGGUACUUCUGGUUUACCCGUCGUCUCAUCACUUGUUCCCGGUUUGACUGGUGCUGGUCAAGGUGGCGACUAUUCUGGUCAACCUGCAAACGGCAAUUCAGGCGGUGAUGACUACACCACUCCACCUGCAACUGGAACUCAAGGUGAUGGCACUCAAGGUGGUAGCACUGAUUACACUCCUCCCGCUCCAACAAGCACAGAUGGAACUCAAUCUGUUGACGCUGGUGUUACGACUCCUCAACCUGCUUCAUCAACUUCUGGUGAUGCAACUCAAGCUGUUCCUGCAGUAAAUACCACAAAUGAAGUUCCGGCUGUAACAGGUGAAACUGCUCCGGUCACAGGCGGCGCAGGAAAUGGAGAUGAUACAUCUGCCGAUUAUACAACUCCAACUGGUACAAACUCAACAACUGAUGGUACAACAGAAGCACCAGCGACAACUAACAACGAUAGCACAAGUGGUACUACCCCAAUUGGUGAUGCAACUCAACCUACUGAUCAAUCCACUGAUUCAUCUGUUUCAAGUGACGCAACUCAACCUGCCGCAACAUCUACAGAUGGUACCACUUCAACAGAUGACACGACGUCAACCGGUGGCGAUGCUGCAACAACUCCUACAACAGAUGACACAACGUCAACUGGUGGUGAUGCUGCAGCGACCCCUACUACGGAUGAUACAACAUCCACUGGUGGUGAUGCUGCAACAACUCCAACAACAGAUGACACAACUUCAACUGGCGGUGAUGCUGCAACAACCCCUACGACAGAUGACACAACGUCAACCGGUGGUGAUGCUGCAACAACUCCAACAACAGAUGACACAACGUCAACCGGUGGUGAUGCUGCAACAACCCCUACUACGGAUGACACAACUUCAACUGGUGGUGAUGCUGCAACGACUCCUACAACAGAUGACACAACUUCAACUGGCGGUGAUGCUGCAACGACACCUACUACGGAUGACACAACUUCAACUGGCGGUGGUGAUGCUGCAACAACCCCUACGACAGAUGACACAACCUCAACUGGUGAUGAUAGUUCGGCAACAGCUUCAAGUAGUGCAACAUCCUCUGCAACUGAUUCAGAUGGAACAGUGACUCAAAACAGUACAGAUGAUACUCAAACUGCAACGGGAGGAGAUGCAACAGCAACUUCAACAAGUACGUCAAGUACUGAUGGUACAACAACUGGCAGUGAUGACACUACUUCUUUGACCACUCCUGAUGAUACAACUGCAUCUUCAACUGAUUACAGUGCUGAUGGAUCAACUGAUGGCUCUACUGUUCCGGCAACAUCCAACAAUGAUGCAACAAGCUCAACAACAACUACAGAUGGUUCGACCGACGGCUCUACUGAUGGAGCUGAUGAUUACACUACACCUGCUACUGGCACUGAUCAAAGUGGUGAUUCUACAAACUCAGGUACAAGUACGACUGGAGAUGAUGCCACAGGUGAUGAUUAUGGUACUGGUUCAGGCUCAGGUGAUGACACAACCACUGGAGGAGAUCAAACUUCAACACCAACAGAAGAUGAUACAACAACUGGAGGAGAUCAAAGUUCAACUACAACAGGAGAUGAUACAACAACUGGUGAAGAUCAAAGUUCAACUACCUCAACUGAUUAUAACUCUACUGGCAGUGGCGAUAACACAACCGGAGGAGAUCAAACUUCAACCCCAACUGGCGGAGAUUCAACAACUGGAGGAGAUCAGACUACAACACCAACUGGCGAUGACACAACUGGUAGUGGUAAUACCGAUGGUUCAACAGAUGGUGCUAGUGACUAUACUACACCAGCUACUGGUACGGAUCAAAGUGGUGAUUCGGCAAACUCAGGUACAAGUAAAACUACCGGAGAUGAUACCACGAGUGGUGACAAUGGAUCAGGAUCAGUCGAUCAAAGUGGUGAUUCAACAACCGAUGGAACUACAACAGGUGAUCAAUCAGGUACAGUCAAUGGUGACACUCCUGUUGAAACUGGUACAGAAGGUCAAGACAAUGGUAGCGAUUCGACUUCAACUGACACCACCGGUACUGGAGAUGACACAACUUCAACUGAUUAUACUUCUUCAGGCAGUGGUACUACCGAUGGCUCAACUGAUGGCACUGCUGUUCCGGAAUCAUCCAACAAUGAUGCAACAAGCUCAACAACAACAACUACAGAUGGUACGACAGACGGCUCUACUGAUGGUGGUGAUGAUUAUACUACACCGGCUACUGGCACUGAUCAAAGUGGUGAUUCUACAAACUCAGGUACAAGUACGACUGGAAGUGAUGCCACCGGUGAUGACUAUGGUACUGGCUCAGGCUCAGGUGAUGAUACAACAACUGGAGGAGACCAAACAUCAACACCGACUGGCAGUGACACGACAACUGGUGAAGAUCAAACUUCAACACAAACUGGCGAUGACACAACAACUGGAGGAGACCAAACAUCAACACCAACUGGUGGUGACAACACAACCGGAGGAGAUCAACCUUCAACACCGACUGGCAGUGACACGACAACUGGUGGAGAUCAAACCUCAACACAAACUGGCGAUGACACAACAUCUGGAGGAGAUCAAACAUCAACACCAACUGGUGGUGACACAACAACCGGUGGAGAUCAAAGUUCAAGUACCUCAACUGACUAUAAUUCUACUGGCAGUGGUGAUGGCACAACCGGAGGAGAUCAAACUUCAACACAAACUGGCGAUGACACAACAUCUGGAGGAGAUCAAACUUCGACACCAACUGGUGGUGACAGCACAACCGGAGGAGAUCAAACUUCAACACCGACUGGCAGUGACACGACAACUGGUGGAGAUCAGACCUCAACACAAACUGGCGAUGACACAACAUCUGGAGGAGAUCAGACCUCAACACAAACUGGCGAUGACUCAACAUCUGGAGGAGAUCAAACUUCAACACCAACUGGGGGUGACGCAACAACCGGUGGAGAUCAAAGUUCAAGUACCUCAACUGAUUAUAAUUCUACUGGCAGUGGUAACGGUGAUAAUGGAUCUUCAACGACAAGUGGUAGCGGUGAUGAUGGUUCAGGCAGUGGUGGCGAUUAUACCCCAAGCGGUGGAAAUGGCGGUGGAAGCGGUCAAAGUGGAAAUGAUCAACCAGGUUCAACACCACCAACAACAACACCACCAAAGGGCAAACAUCCUCACCCUCAUCCAAAGACUAAGAAGCACCAUCCUAAAGUCUCAACAGGAACAAACACUACCGCAUCCGCCACAACUUCUACAACCAAACGUGCAGUUCAUUACGCUCAACGUAUGAUUUUCAAGCGUAGGGAUUUGUGGUGAUCGAAGCAAGUGCUCUCUGUUUCAAAUGCUUUUCAAACUUUUCUCCCUCUGAAUAAUUCUUCACCUUCACUCAC